AUGAUCCCCGUGUCUCUGCUGGUGUGUGUGAUGGCAGCCUGGUGUGCUGUCUAUCUGGCCGACACGCUGCUUAGGUCGUCCGCGACGCACCGCAUCGGCUACGAGUCGUGGCUGGCGAGCCGAGGGCUGAUGUUGUCUCCGUUCCACGUGAGGUGGCAGACCGCCAUGUUCAACCGGCUGUUUGCGUACUGCGCCCGCAUCAACCCCCGGGCCCUUUACCUGUGGUUCAACAGCGGUCUGGUGUUUGGCAUAGUGGCCAUGCUGGGGUCAGUGGUGCUGCUCAUAAAGACGCUGCAGCAGACGCUCGCUCAGAUGACCACGGACAACCCCCGGAUAGGAGGUCAGCAGGUCCUGCAGGUGGUGGUCCCUGGCGUCAAUCUGCCCACCAGUCAGCUGGCCUACUUCUUCAUCGCCCUGCUGCUCAGCGGAGUUAUACAUGAGCUGGGCCACGCCGUGGCAGCACUGAGGGAGCAAGUGCGAGUGAACGGCUUCGGCAUGUUUGUGUUUGUGGUGUAUCCCGGCGCCUUCGUGGACCUCUUCACCACUCACCUGAACCUCGUGUCCCCCACGCAGCAGCUCCGCAUCUUCUGCGCCGGAGUCUGGCACAACUUUGUUCUGUGUGUGGCAGCGUUAGCCUUCCUCUUCCUGUUGCCUGUCCUUAUGUUUCCCAUGUACUCCACUGGAGCCGGGGCACUGGUCAUCGAGGUCGUGCAGGGUUCGGUGGCCGAUGGUCCGCGCGGCCUGACAGUCGGGGACAUCGUGACGGGGCUGGAGGACUGUCCGGUCAGGGGAGUGGAGGACUGGAGCAGCUGCCUGUCUCACCUCUCUCACACCCCGCAGACUGGAUACUGUGUCCCCGUCGCCAGCCUGCAGCCCAGCUGGGCCCAUGGUCGAGCUUUCAAGCGUUUGGAUGGAACGAUGGACUGCUGCAGCAACAACAGCCUGACAGACCUCUGUUUCUCUUACAUUAAACCACAGGGCAGGAACAGCAGGGAGAGAGAGUACGCCUGCAUGCCAGUGCGUAAGAUGGUGACGGGGACGCGAGUGUGUCGCACGGACGACGACUGCGCCGUGCACUCCCACGCCGCCAGCGUUUGCGUCACUCCCUCGCUGGAGAACCAGACGCGCUUCAUCCGUGUCACGCACCCUCCGAACACGCACAUGCUGUUUGUGGGAUAUCCGCCGCACCUUCAGUACGCUGUGAGCCUGACCAACUUUGUCCCCCGGUUCGGUUUCCUCCACCUGGAUCUGCCUGUCUUCCUGGAGACCUUCUGCAAAUACGUGGUGUCCCUCUCUGGUGCGUUAGCUGUAGUCAACUCUGUGCCGUGCUUCGCUCUCGACGGUCAGUGGAUGCUGAACGCUCUGCUGGAGGCCACGUUGGUCACUGUGGUCACGGACCGCCAAAAACGCGAGCUGAUUGGCUUCUUCCUGCUGCUGGCGGGCAGCGCCCUGCUGGCGGCCAACGUGGCACUGGGCCUGUGGAUGGUCACGGCGCGGUAGCCGCAGCGGUCAGCUGCCCCGGCAGGACAAGAACUAAAUGAAUAAAGCCCCAUGUGGAUUGAGAGAUGUUCUCUCCGGGUGUGCUUCAGACAUGUGGACCAUUAAACUGUGAACAUACGGGGUACAGACUGCAUUACCCAGCACUACUGCCCGGUAUCUGGAGACUGUCGAGCAGAACAUUACUCUGCCUUUAAGCCCUUACUGGACCAACCAGGGAAAACAAUAACCAACUCACUUCUUCCACCUUGUUGCCACCAUAUACACAAAAGCACAUAUACAAUUAAAUAAAGCACUUACUGCAACGCACUGUCCUGUGUGACUGUUUACAAAGACCGACGUUUAUAGCUGUAAUUUGUUUGUGUGUGAAGUUUGAGUGAAAAAAAAAACCAUCCCGGUUUUCCAAGGGUUUGAUCCCAAAAUGCCAUUUUUACCUGCUGAAGACCAAGAACGUGUGAUAGUCUUGGCCUAACCUAAGGCAUCUUUGGACCCCCCCCAAAAAAAAGCCUCCAUUUUAUUGACUAAUGCAUGGCAACACCUUGAUUCACUACCACUUAUCACAGCUGGACAAAAAGAACUGCCGACUCAUAAGUGUGUACAUUGAAGAUGACUUCCACAACAUGUUGUUAAUAUCCCAAAAAAAUGUUUGAAGGGCGGGAACCCCAUUUUGAAAUGAAACACUUCUACCCUGUCAAGUGUCUUUCUCCUCCUCGGGCAUUGUAGCGGGAAGGUGGUUGAACCUUUUCCCGCAUUGUAAGUUUCAUGUAAGUUACUCUCUUGGCCUCUUCACUGUCUGUGAUCUGGUUGUAAACGUUGGCUAUCAAAACUGUGGAAUAAAGGAGUGAUUUUUAUUUAA